GACAUCUCCAUAUCUCGUGUUUUAUUCGUGGAGUGGAUUUGAUAAUAAAACAAUAAAAUUAAUAAAAAUUGCCGAUUACGAGUAUAUUGACAAUGGUUAUUAACGAACUAACUUAAAGUUUAAAAGUUCUAACUUUGUGACGGGCAGUGCGACAGAGAAAAGACCUUUUUUGUGAUGGAUAGUGGCAGUGGUAACGUCGGUGAAAUGGGUCGGAGAACCGGAGAACUUUUAAGGCGUAUCAACCGGUUCACAGAUGGCCCCAUGACUAGGAAGAAGCUGAUAAUACUCUUCCUGGUAGUCAUCUUCCUGCUCCUGUACGUCGGUCCAACUUUGAUGAGCUGGUUCUUUAGCAGUGACAAUGCGGCGUCAGGUCAGAGUUUUUGUCAGCAGCAAUUUUUAAAUCCCUUCCAAGACGCUAUCAGCAACUAUGAUGCUUAUAUGAGAACUGAGAGCGAAGCUACAUUGUCCAGUGUACGACACAACUACGUGCCUUAUGUUGGUAAUGGCCUAUUAGGCCUAGCUUUAGAACAUGAUAGUCAUUUAAAUAUCAAACAUGGGCGGACCCUAGGGCUCCCUGUCAAGUACCACCCUCUGUACAUCAUAGAAGACCCAGAUAUGAAAGAAUUUACUGUUGCAGAUUAUAAAAAAGGAAUCAUCAACAGAUUUCAGUGUAGUAAUAGCGGCUUACAGAUUACUUAUCAGUAUUACGCACACAGAACAAUACCCUCACUGUUUGUGCAAGAAAUAUGGGUCAAUAAUCCUUCAAAUAAACCAAGAAAUGUAAAGAUUUCAACACCCAGGGUGUCGGACUGGCCCACGGCUGUCAAGCAAACUGUUGAACUUCACCAGGGUGUGGACACCAAAGAGUAUGAGGUUGUCACCGGAAUGCUUGAAAUACCAGACAGUGAUAAUGUUAUAGCUGUUGCCAUUGUGUGCAGAAAGCUUGGAAAUACCUUGCAAAUUGAUGCUCGAGACGGAUUAGAUUUACUUAUUUUGACUACCGUCCAAUAUAGUCAGCCCAUUAAAAAAUCUGAGUAUGCAAAACAAAAGGACAUAGUUGAAUCUAAAGCUCUUUCAGAAAUGGAGAAGGUCAUUUCUUUAACUGGAGAUAGAGCUGCUGCUAAGAUACUAAAAGAAAAUCAUGUCCGAGUCUGGCAGGGGCUGUGGUUUACAGGUUUUUACAUUUCAGACUCAAAAGUACCAGGCAUUAUAAAUGGAGACCGCAUUAAUGCUACUAUUUACUCUAUUCUGUCACAAGUGCAGAGUUACGAACAUGAAGAACACAUAAAACCGAAGGAGAAAACUGAAAUUUUACGUACAUUAACUUAUUCAGAAGGCUGUUACGGUGGACAUUCAACUUUAGAUGCUUUUAAUUUAUGGAAACCUUUAAACAACCUAGAAAACUUGAAUAAUGUUGCUAGCGUUUGGCUGUUGACGUUAGAAAAACAUGGCUGCCACAAACUUCUCAAGGCUGGAGCUAGUGGAGUCAACCAGGCAAUGAUACUAAGCUUUGGUAGCUUACGAUUCAGCAAUCAACAUCUGGAAUACAACAUCCAUCCUUCUAAAUUACACAGAGACUUUUUAUUCCGCAGAGUGAACUACGGAAACAUGACACAUGUCAACAUAAGUGUUAUAGUCCAAGAAGACAAUAAAGCAGCUAUUUUUGUAGCGUUAGAUCGCUCUGACAGGACGUAUUACGCCUGUGACGCUGGCUGUCUCGACUCACCAGUGCAACUUGGUCCGUACAGGAAAUAUUUCCCAGUGAAAUUGACUGAUCCGUUAACAGCUAUUCUGUAUAUAACAGCAGAUCAGCAACAUAUGGAAGAACUAAGGCAUGCUAUUCACGUAGUCGAAGUGGCAGAAGCGCCAGCUCAUGAAAACCAUGUUAUCGCUAUGCACAAACACGGUCACAGCUUGGGAGGCUUGAAUCCUCUCUUCUGGAUAUCUAUUAUAGCACUAAUCGUUGUCUUCCACUUGUUCUUAUGCCGGAUAAUCAUGAACGAGUUCUGCGGCAGCGGCGUAGCAUACAAACGUCUGUAUAAUAAGCCUUGAAGUUGCCUUAUAGAGUGCUUAGCUUGACUGAAUUAUCCUAGAUAUAGAACACACUGCGCACAGACUACCUAAAACGAAUGAAUAAUCUUUAUAAUAGAUAAAGGUUUAAAAUAUAUGCAGUGGUUUAACCCCUUGGAUGCUAGUGAACUUUGACAGCAUUUACGAAGCUUUAUAUUGGGCUGUAUCUGAUCAAGUUUGGGCUGUCAAGGGGUUAAAUAAAUAGUACAUCACAAGUACGAACCCUAAAGAUAAAUUAAUAAUUGUUGAAUAUUAUGAAACGAUUUUUUUUCUGUCGCUUUUUGCGUCCUAAUAUUGUAUUGCGUAUAAAUAUCAAGGUAUUUUGUUGCACGGAUCUUCAAACUGCCUCACUAAGCGUAACUCAUUUUGAAAUAUCACUCGAUUGUUUUUUAAUUUGUUCUCACACAUUUGUUCACACAUAAAGCCCAGAUCACACAAACAAUUGAAACUUGCAGUUAUGCUUAGAGUGGCAGUAUUAAAAUAAAUUAUAAUCUAUCGAAAAUAUUUCAACUUGUGCUACCUUAAAGUAGUCACACCACUAUAUAUAUAAAUUAAAAC